GGCUGUAACAUCAGUUUUAGUUAGUUAAAACCUGAUUUAGUUGUUUUUAUGUAGAGGAGUUAAAGAAGUUGGUUUGGGGUGGAAUACCCGUAACGGUUCGUCCAACGACUUGGAAACUUCUUUCUGGCUAUUUCCUGUCGAAUGUUGAAUGGAGGCAGUCCACAUUAGAACGCAAGCGGAAAGAGUAUGAACGAUUUGUGUCACGGUAGUACAAGACACGUCUAAAUCCACAAUUGCUAUCGACAUUCCUCGAAUGAAGCCGUCAGAUUUCUUUCAACAGAAAAUAAUUCAAGAGGUUUGGCAAUACGGACAACCAAGUAUGACCGAGCUAGAAAUUGGUGCCGAAAUGGAGUACGAAUGCAAGAAGAGAGGAGCAGAAAGAAUGGUAUACCCACCAGUAGUCGGAGCUGGAAAUCGAGCUACGAUUCUCCACUAUCUAGUCAAUUCUCACAUAGCGAAUGAUGGAGACCUUGUAUUGAUGGAUGCAGGGUGUGAGUAUCAUGGAUAUGCCAGUGACAUAACUAGAACGUGGCCAAUUAAUGGGAAAUUUACUGAAGCACAAAGGCAGCUGUAUGAUGUUGUUCAUUGUGUCCAAAGUGCAUGUAUCAGGCUUGUACGACCAGGAACUACUUUAAAUGAGAUUCACGAGGUGACUGAGACGUUGAUGACUGGUGAACUAGGAAGUACAGAGGGAUUGGAAUCAGAAUUGAAGACGACGUCCUGGUGACACAGACUGGUUACGAAAUUUUAACAACUGAUAUUCCAACUGAUGCAAACCUAAUUGAAUCACUAGCUUCUACAUAGCUAUAUAUUUCAUUCUCUAGCUGUUGCAAUAAACCCGACUGUCCUAUGU